AUGACUUCUCCAGCUCUCUCAAACCCGGAAUCACUUGAGGUCCUGACGCAGAUGGUAAAUCAAACGUUGAUCGAGACCGGCCGGUUUUUUCAAAAUAAAGGGUCCCUACAGUCUCGGUCUCAGCUGAAGCGAACUAUCCCUGCAGCACAGGAACAGUUUCAGUCAGCAUUAGAUAGCUUAUCCGAGCAAAUAUUUGUUGCCAAGGCAUUUCUGGAAAGAGACUAUGAUGUUAUCAAGGCGCGGAAAGCUGCCCUACGCAAGCGUCCCGCCGAUGAUGUUGUCAUGGGAAAGGCAGAUGCAAUGAGCGCUCCUCGAACCGUGCCUAUUCCGGAGCAAACGGCAGCAGCCGGGGCGGCUCCCGAUGGGAGCGAAUCCAAACCAAUCGUCAACGACGUGAAAAUAGAAGAGCAAACAGAUCUGAAUACAGAUCAGCUGGAAACGGCUAUUGCCCACACGAAAGAAGAGGAGCCACACGACGCCGGCGCUGCUCCCGCUCCCUCUGGCCAGGAUAUUGGGGGCUCGGAACAAAUAGUCUACGGCUCAGGACUGAACAACUCCGAGUCCAACGAGUUCGACCUUAACCUCGACUUUGGAGACAACGGAAAUGCAGGGAAUGAAGACUUCUUCAAUACGAACUUUGGCGACCCAAACGCUGACUCUAGCCUCGAAGGCGGGAAUAUUCAGAUGUCGAAUACCGAUCCUGGUCAGGAUCAUAAUGCCCUAGCAACAGGGGGUGACGCUUUCGACCUUGAACUGCAAAAGUUCGCUACUCAACCCGGCGAUCCAAAUGAGCAAUUUGGGGGUAGCACAGAUGAUAUUAUAGGUCCAGGAGAGUCCAGUUUUGACGACUUGUUUAUGGAGAGUGAGAAUAUGGGAGGAAACGAAACCGGAGACCAGGAUUUGCUAGGAGGCGAUGGGUUGAUGCAGCUUAAUGAGUUUGAUGAUACUUGGUUCACUUGA